AAUCCAAACAGUGGUUAUGUAUCGUGCCCUGUUGUGUCCUCGAUUUUGGGCGCAUGCUCAGCGCGAAGUGAACCUUGCAACAUCUAAUUUGUGCUAUUGAAAUUUGAAAGCAAAGCAUUUUUCAUGAUUUCCUUUGCAUUUCAUCGUCUCUACAGACUUCACCAUUUUACAGCUUCUACUACACUCCUCAAUGGCCUCCUUUUCUCCUAUCCUCACCAUUUCUUCAACUUUAAUAGCAACCCCUUUUGGCGCUAUACCCAAUUUCAUUCUUUUACAACAAACCCAUUGUCUUCUGAUUUUGAUUCAGUUGUCAGAAGGGUCUGUUCUUUAGUAUCUGAAUCAUACUGUAAAGUUCAAGAAAAUACCCAUUUCAAAUCUAGACAUCCCAAGUUGAAAUUGCCGAUUGAUUCUGAGUGUUUGACUCAAGAACAGGCUAUAACUGUUGUUGCUUCUCUUGCAGAUGAGGGAGGGUCCAUGCUGGCAUUGAGUUUUUUUUAUUGGGCAAUUGGGUAUGUGAAAUUCAGGCAUUUUAUGAGGCUUUAUAUUGUUUUAGCUAUUUAUUUGAUUAAAAAUGGCAACUUUGAGAGAACCCAUGAAGUGAUGCAUUGUAUGUUGAGGAAUUUUUGUGAAGUUGGUAUGUUAAAGGAGGCUGUAGAUAUGGUUUUUGAGAUGCAAAAUCAAGGUUUGGUUUUGAAUGCUGGGAGUUUGAAUUCUGUUGUUAGUGUUGUUACUGAGAUGGGACAUGUUGAGAUGGCAGAGAAGGUGUUUGGUGAAAUGUGUGACAGAGGGGUCUGUCCUGAUUCAUUUUGUUUCGAGUCUAUGGUUGUUGCUUAUUGUAGAAUGGGAAGAGUUGUAGAGGCUGAUAGGUGGCUGAGUGCAAUGCUCGAAAGGGGGUUUCUUGUUGAUAAUGCGACUUGCACUUUAAUAUUGAGUGUUUUCUGUGAAAAGGGGUCUAUUAAUAGAGUGUUGUGGAUUUUUAAUAAACUGAUUGAAUUGGGGUUGGCUCCAAAUGUUAUCAAUUAUACGUGUUUGAUAAAUGGAUUGUGUAAGAAAGGCAUUAUUAAGCAUGCAUUCGAGUUGUUAGAGGAAAUGGUUAGAAAAGGUUUGAAACCAAAUGUUUUCACUCAUACUGCAUUGAUUGAUGGUCUUUGUAAGAAAGGCUGGAUGGAUAAGGCUUUUAGACUUUUCCUAAAACUUGUGAAGAGUGACAAUUACAAGCCUAAUGUGCAUACAUAUACAGCCAUGAUAGCUGGAUACUGCAAACAGGAAAAAUUGAAUCGUGCAGAAAUGCUACUGAGCAGAAUGCAAGAACAAGAGUUGGUCCCUAAUGCCAACACCUACACUGCUCUCAUUGAUGGGUACUGUAAAGUUGGAAACUUUGAUGUUGCUUAUAAAUUAUUGCGUGUGAUGGAUGAAAAAGGCUUGGCACCAAGCAUUUUUACGUAUAACGCAGUCAUUGAUGGCCUGUGUAAAAAGGGUAGGGUUCAGGAGGCUUAUCAGAUGCUGAAGAAAGGUAUGCAAAUUGGAAUUUCGCCAGAUUUAGUGACUUACACCAUUCUAAUGUCUCAGAGCUGCAAACUAGGAGAUAAUGGACAAGCCUUUGCUCUUUUCAGUAAGAUGGUUAAAGCUGGUAUUGGCCCUGAUAUGCAUACAUACACCACAUUAAUUGCUGCCUUGUGUAGGCAAAAGAAAAUGAAAGACAGUGAAAAGCUCUUUGAUGAUGCUGUAAUUUUAGGUUUGAUACCUACCAAAGAGACUUGUACUUCCAUGAUAUGUGGAUAUUGUAGAGAUAAAAAUGUGGCCAUGGCCAAGAAGUACUUCCAGAGGAUGGGAGAAUAUGGUUGUGUACCUGAUAGCCUCACUUAUGGUGCUUUGAUUAGUGGGCUUUGUAAGGAGUCAAAGUUGGAUGAGGCUAGAGAUCUUUACAAUUCAAUGGUUGAUAAAGGGAUUCCCCCAUGUGAAGUUACACGGCUGACUGUAGCUUAUGAGUAUUGCAAGAACAAUGAACCAACCAUCACAAUGGGCCUCUUAGAUAAAUUAGAAAAAAAACUUUGGGUUCGAACCGUAUCUACCUUAGUCAGGAAGCUUUGCAGUGAAAAGAAUGUGAAUGUAGCUGCUCUGUUUUUCCAUAAACUGCUAGACAAACAGCAGAGUGUGGAUCGAGUAACUCUUGCAGCGUUUAUGUCGGCGUGCUAUGAAAGCAAUAAAUAUGACCUUGUCUCCAGUAUGAACGAGAGGAUAACAAAAGAUUUUGGAGAAUCUACGGCAGAGUGACCUUGUGAUUUACUGAACAACAAACCAAAAGGCUAUUUGGCAGGUGUGCAAGUAGCAAGUUAAAAUGAUUGCUUUAUUCUCUUUAAGGACAGAGGGAUAUUAGUCUAUAUCAGCUCGACUUUGUGGAGAUUUGGUGUUUGAGUCAUUGACAGAAUGAUGUCAAGUAAUUUGGGACUAACUGAUUUAGAAAGGAUGCCAAGUCAUUUUGGUGGAGGGACUAAAAGAAGUCUGAUUUUUGAGCAAGCUUGUGCUGUUCUGUGUUCACUCUAAUUGAGCAUGCUUUAUGAAAAGAAAUACAGGAGAAAACAUUUUCACCUUUUUAAUAUGACAUUGGGAUUUAACCUUUCCUAUCUUCACUUUUACUUUGGCAUUUUAAACACUUUAGUUUUUUUAUCUUCAGUACAUGUAGCUCAGCCAUUCUGAUAUUUGCAGAUUGAGCAUUAAAGCUGUCCCCUCACACUACUUCUUGAUUUGGGUAAUGCCAAAAGUAAGAAGCAAGCACUGGGUUAAUUUCCUGGUUUGAACAGAAGCGCGUAGCUUUCUCAGAAGUCUAUAUUGUUGGACUAUGUGGAAACUAGCUGCCUGUGAUCUUGUGUUGACGCAGAUGGCCUAGCUGAGGAAGAUUCUUUUCCAGGCAAGUUGUUGAAUGUAAUUCUUUACAGCAAUGACGUGCUUGAAAGAGAAGCUCUUAUAAACCUCCCCUGAUAUUAAAAGGAAGUUGACAAUUACAGAAAUGUUCACAGUAGGAAAAUCAGGUAUCUUUCUUUUCCUUUGAUAUUCACAAUCAUUGUUCAGACAAGAUUGAGAGAUGUGGACAAAAGUUGUCAAAAAGCUAUUAUACUGCAGGAGAGAUUGAGAGGGAGCAGUUAUUUGACAGUAAACAGCAAUCACCUUAGUUUUUCCCUUCUUUUUAACGUACGAAGAUGUUGGCUAGCUCACUAUGGAGCUGUCAAGCCAUAUGUAAUGGAAGGAGAUCCAGGACAGUUUAGCUGCUUGUACAGAUUGUGGUUUUGGUUUCUCGUUCAUUUAAAUUUUGAUGUAUAAACCUCUUCCGCGAGAUCAUGGUUAGAGAAAGUCCUCUGGUGUUGUCAUUGCAGGUUCUUGAGAUUGGACAUUACCAAGGAUUUCCACAUUCCAACCAUAAGUUCUUUCUCCGUCUCUCACCGAGUUUGUGAACAAGCAUUUUUACCAAGACUGGUGACCAUCAAUUUGUAUGUAGUAAAUGAAAAAAAUCAAAACUAGUUGAGCCUCUCAAUCGUUAUACUGGGAAAAUUGUUAGCCAAGGGUACUUGAAGUGUAUAUAAAAGGUAUCAUUACAUUGCCUUAUGAAUGUUGCUGUAUUCGUUUUGUUCUUUAUUCA